AUGUUUCGCUUUCUAUAUUUCCUUAUUUUGGGUACUGUAGCGGCCAAAUACGAAUACGAUGGAGGUGAGUGGUUGUGGAAGGAUUAGUAAUGGGGAAAGUGCUUGUUAUACGACGCAUAGAUCUUCAUGAAACUUGGCAAAUAUUAGACAAUUUUUUUCGAAGAUGUAUGCGAGAUUUCUGGCUCGCAUUUUACAGAAAGUAUUACGACGUUUUCGAAAAAAUUGAAAAAUUUUUUCCGCUUCCUAGCAAAACCUGCGCCAAAACUUUUGUAACUUGUUAUGUAGCUGUUGUAAAGCAAAAAAAGCCAAUGAAUAAUCGCUCUUCUGAAAUUCAACUUGACCUUUCAGAAACCCCAAUAAUAAACGUCGCAUUCGCGACGGAUGCCUCCGUUGCAGUCAGCAAAGUUCAGUUGACUUUGGAUCGAGGCGAUGUCUUUGUUCUGUCGAAUGAAUGCGCUGCCAAGGAUUCAUGUACAAAAUAUGCUCACGCAAGUGUUUAUGAUCCAGUGUAAGUAUGAUAUUUUAUUUUUUUCAUAGAUUUUUUGAGAUUUGAAAUUCGAAAACUUUUGAAUUUAUCGUAUAAAAUGUCGCCUUUCGGUAAAAAGUGAUGAUUCAAAAUUAAAUUUUAACCUUUUUUGUUAUGAAGGAGCAUUUAAAUAGCUAUUUUUUGAGGAGAAUGAAACUUAAAAAUUUUGGACGAAAUGUCAAUUUUUGAAUUAUUGAUUUUUUCAAAAGUUUUGAUUAGUAAUAAAAACUUGUUUUUAAGCAAAUACAACGGCCGGAGGGUUUCUGUUCCCUCCAAUCCCGUCUACUUUCAACAGUCCGAACUGAAUGGAGAUGUCUUCGAGGGUCUUGCGGUGUACGGAAACGUCAACGAAAAUCAGCAAUUCCGCGUCAUCACAAGUGUUACGGGAAAUCCAGUGGAACUGGAGCAGGAUGGAGUCUUUGGAUUGGCCUUUACAAAUGAGCGCACCUCGCCCAUUUUCAAUAUCUUGGCAAAAGCUGAGAGUGGAAAGAAGUGGGUCAUCUUCCGAAGGGGACCUUUCAAGCAGCAAAAGGUGAGUAAUUUUGGGAUGAAGAGAAGUCCAAAUUCUUCAUACUAAUCGCGCUCAAAAGUCCUGACAAUUUUCGCACCGUGCGAAACUUUGGGUUUUGGACGUCGCCCCUGCAAAUUCGGGUUCGUCGCGCGCAAAAGUGCAUGUCGCUAGUGAAAAAAAGGGAAAUUGCGGCGACAAAUGCGAAAUGAAAGAAGAAUGCACGGUGCGAAAGUUCGGGUUUUGGACGUCGCGCCCUCAAAUUCGGGUUUGUCGCGCGCAAAAGUCCACGUCGCUGCGAAAAGAUGCACUGUGCGGAUGAAAUGAAAGAAGAAUGCACGGUGCGAAAAUUGUCAAGACUUUUGAGCGCGAUUACUAGUCGGGACAAAAAGUCCUGAUAAUUUUGCACUGUGCGGAUUUUGCUCCGUUUCUGUCGCACACUGAAAAAAACGAUUUGUCGCUCCGAAAAGUGGGAAUCGCGCGCGACAAUAAGGCAAAAACAAACAAAAUGCACUGUGCAAAUGCACUUUUCGGGUCAAAUGCACCGUGCAAAACACCUUUUUUCGCGAUUUUUGCAGCGACAGCCCAAAACGUUCAAAUCCGCACAGUGCAAAAUUAUCAGGACUUUUUGUCCCGACUAGUAGUAUUAGCAUUUUUAUAUCGGUCUGUCGGGAAAAAAACGGCGGAUCGUCGCGCCUCCGAAUCGCCCAUCAUCGCUUUGCGACUGCAAGCCGCGGCUUGGGAUUUGGUGCGCGACAGCGGCGAGGCGAGACAUUUUGAUGCGACAAUCCGCCGUUAUUUUUCCGACAGACUGAUAAUGUGCAUGGACUUUUGCACUGUGCAUUUUGCUGUCUUGGCGCAGCACGACUGAUUUUUGGCGUUUGCACUGUGCGAAAAAACUUAGGGUGCGAGCGACAGCCGAAAGAAGCCUAUUGCACGGUGCAAAAAGCCGAAAAUUGCACAGUGCAAAGUGAACUUUUGUUUUCGCACAGUGCGUGUCGCCGAUUUCGGUCCUGCGACUUUGGCUAAGUUUGCACAGUGCAAACCUCUUUGACCUGUGCUUGCACGGUGCAAGUCAAAAAAAAUUUUGCACAGAGCGGUUGGAACAUUUUCAUUGCAAGCCCGAAAUUCUCAGCGACAAAAAAAUCUCCCUGAAAAUUGCAGGUCUCAAAAUUUGCACAGUGCAAUCUUAUCGCGCGAUGGUCCAAAUUCUCUGCGACAAAAGCCCACCGCACCGUGCAAUUUAAAAAAAGAUGGAAUUGCACAGUGCAUUUUUUAAAACUUUUCCUUGCACCGUGCAAAUUCGGAGCGACAAAAUCGCAUCUCGUUUUUCAGUUUCGAAGUUGUUGAACUGCACAGUGCAAAAUUUUUCUGUAAUUCCCCCGCACUGUGCGAAUCAUAAGGGUCGAAGAAACCCUUGCACCGUGCGGAUUUCAGGUUGAGUGGCACAGUGCAAUCUGCAAUUCGGGGGGUUUUUCGCACAGUGCAAUGGCUUGGCAACAAAAAUUCAUCAAAAAUGUGCGGAACAAAGUAUCAGGAUUAAGACUACACAGUUCAGAAAUGAAACUGAACGACGUAGUCAAUGAUUCAUUUUGAGCUGUUGUUUAUAUACUGUAACGUUUCUGAAAUUUGCGAAAAUUCCUUUCUUUUCAGAGAACGCAAGAGAUUAAAGCGGCCCGGGGUGUGUUCGAGAUCGGAGAAACGACGCUGGAAGGGUGUGGCGAGUUCGUUUUCACCGACACCAUUGAUAACGAGGGAUGGACGAUCGAAGCCAGGUGGGAUUAAGUGGGAGUUGCGUAGUUUGGAUUAAAUUUUUUUUUGGAAAAAUGAAAAAAAAAUUGUUUCUUUGACGGUUUUUUUUUUGAUUACUUGAGGCAACAUAGACAUUUUUUUAGCCAUCUGCAAAAAAACGAAAAAAAAUUUCAGCGUUAAAAUCGGCACAGAAACAAUUCCCAAUGCAAAGAUUGCUUUCUCCUUCGACGAAACUUUCACCGUCCCAACAGCCCAAUUCGACAAAUUCAAAGACAAAACUGACGCAACCUUGCCCGAAUUCUCCAUUGAAUUUAAAAACAAGGCAUUUGCGUUGAAAAAAGAAAAUCUCCAGGACUAUCGCGAUGAGAAGCACGAAGUUCUGACUGUUCUGGUCAAGCCCGAAAACAGAGACAGCUUUUUGUUGGGCAAGAACUUCUUGACGGAUUACUGUAUUGCCUUGAAGGCGAAGGAUGAUGCUGUGACCAAAUUCGAAGUGGGAUUGGCGCCAAUUGUGAGUCUGGGCACUGAUCCGCAAUGGGAAAAUUAUGUUGAUGACAGAGAUGGGAAGAAUGGCAAUGGAGUGAAACACACUUAUCAAGGAGGUGAGAGGCGUGUCGAAAUGCGAUAUCAUAAAGUUUGAAAACCUUAGCUCGCGUUUUGCAGGGUGAUUUUAAAAAAAAACUUUUGCUUUCUCCGGUAAAAAUAAGGGCUGAGAUUUUUUACGGAUAAAUCCACAAAGAUGCAUCAAAUUCAAGGAAAUUUUGGACUAAAAAUCUCAGUUUUUCGUACACUUGAUAAAACACUUGAUAAACCCUUCUUUCAGAGACCCCAAUAAUCAACUUGCAAUACAAAAACACCGGAACUAGCAUUCCAAUCAGCAAGGGUUUGCUGACUUUGGAAGAAAGCUUCACAUUCGUCUUGGCCAAAGCUUGCCAAGCCAAGGAUUCCUGCACAACAUAUCAACAUAACAAUGUUUUUGAUACGAGGUAGGUACCAAAUAUCGGGUUAAAAUUACUUUUCGUUUUUUUUGACGAAAUGUCAAUUUUUGAAUUAUUGAUUUUUUUAAAAUACCAAAAUUGAAAAAAAAAAUCCUAUCUUAAGAACAUGUUUCUAUGGCUAUCGGAAAGAGGUGAAAUUAAAAAAUUUUUUGACGAAAUGUCAACUUUUGAAUUAUUGAUUUUUUUAAAACACCAAAAUUUUAAAAAAUCCUAUUUCAUGGUCACAUUUCUAUGGCUUAAAAAUUUAAAAUUUUUGACGAAAUGUCAACUUUUAAAUUAUUGAUUUUUUUCAAUUUUAAAAGAUUUUUUAAACACUCAUGUAUCUCAAAAAAGCUUACAAAAUAUAAGAAAACCCUCCUUUACAGCACCGGCACGGACCGAAAAAAGCCAGUCAGCAUCCCGUACAAGGGCUCCACCUUGACUGGAAGCACCUAUCAAGGGCUUUUGGUUGCCGGAAAUAUCAAUGGAAACGAAGACUUCGACGUCAUUACGGGAGUUACCGGAUCUGCCGUGGACCUUGAACAAGAUGCAGUCCUUGGACUCAGCUUUGGAGACAGUUUGUCCACUGGAUUUCCGAUUAAUAAGUUCUUGAGCAACGCGCCAAAUGGCAAAAAGUCGAUCAUUUUCCGAAGAGGGCCGUUCAGACAGCAGCUGGUAAGCCAUGGUUUACUAAAGAGCCUAAAAACAAAAAAUAUUACUCAAAGUUUAUGGUGCUGCAGCAGAAGUGGCGAAAAUUUAUCGCGGAUAUUGCCUAUUUUACUGCACAGUGCGAACAAAUUGAAAUUUCACUGCACUGUGCAAAGAUUUGGCGAUUUUUCUCGUGCACGGUGCAGAAGAAAACACAAACAAACAGAUUGCACAGUGCGAAAAAAUGAGAAAUUGACUGCACUGUGCGCAAUUUUGGUGAUUUCUCUUGUGCACCGUGCAGAAGGAAGAAGACUCAGACAAACUGCACAGUGCAGUGCAAAGUUGUUUUUAGGCGUUUGACAGCAGCGACAAACCUUUUUGCGAUGCGAUUUUUUUUUGAUUUUUGUCGGUUGAAUGCACAGUGCAGACGGAAGAAGACUCAAACAAACUGCACAGUGCAUUGCAAAGUUGUUUUUGGGCGUUUGCAAGCAGCGACAAACCUUUUCACAAUGCGAUUUUUUGAUUUUUUUUCGUUUGACUGCACAGUGCAGGUCGAGAAAGGAAAAACGUUUGAGUGCACAGUGCAAAACAUCUUUUGUGGGAUUGCACGGUGCGGACUGUCAGCGACAAUUCCUUGCACUGUGCGAAGUGUUGCCGUUUUGGCACAGUGCAAAGACAACAAUAUUUGGGAAAAAAGGUGGAAAAAACUUGAAGAAAAAACCGAUUCCUUUCCGUGAAAAUUAAAAAUUUUUUUUGAAAUUUUUUUUUAUUUUUUUUUUCAGAAAUACAAAGAAUUCAAGAGCCCAAGUGGCUCUUUUGUGAUUGGAGAAAACACUCUUGAGGGAUGCGGUCCCUUCAUCUACCGGGAUACCAUCGACAAGGCUGGGUGGAGUAUCAAGGCCACGUAAGUUUGUCAUCAUUUUGGAAAUUUUUGACAAUUCUUGAAAAGAAAAUUUUUUUUAUGAAAAAAUAAAAAAAAACGGCAAAAGUUCCUUAUUUUGGCCACAACUUAUAACUUUGCGGAAACUGGUCGGAAUUAGCCCAAAUUUAGCGUGCACGCUCAAUUCAUCGUUGUCAAUGCCCGGACAGUGGAUUUAGUUAGUGAGGUACCUUCUUUUCUACGUACCACCUUACCCUUCAAAAACAGAUGCAGCCUGUGAUUUUACACCUUAUACGAUGAAACAUGUCCGGAACUAAACUUAUUGCCUCCGUAUGGAACUAAAUGAGUCGUCACAGCCUUCGUAGGUACCCUUAAAACUAUAGAGCUAUUAUAGUAAUUCAGUGCCAGCUAGGUCGAAGCGUUUUUUCCUAACUUUAGUGCCCAAGCUUGGGCGCAGUUUGCGGAGUACCUUUGUUGUGACCAAAAUAAGGAACUUUUUCCAAAAAAACCUAAAAAAUGGAUUGAAAUUUUUAAAGAUAAGAAAUUUUUGAGCAAAAAAAUUUUAGCGUGAAAAUCGGCGAAGUUCAACUUGACGAGCAGACCAUUUCCUUUUCGUUCGACAAGCUUUUCACCGUCCCAACAAGAGUCUUCGGCCAAUUCGAAGACAAAACUGACGAAACCUUGCCAGACGUUACCAUUGAAUUUGAAGGACAAACAUUUGAGUUGAACGCAGAAAAUCUGCAGGAUUAUCGCGAUGAGAAGCACAAAGUUCUGACUCUUCUGGUCGAGCACGAAGACAGAGAGGGCUUUUUGUUGGGCAAGAACUUCUUGAGGGAUUACUGUAUUGCCCUGAGGGCGAAGGAUGAUGCUUUGACCGGAUUCCAAGUGGGAUUAGCGCCAUUUCUAAGACGACGUUCCGAUCCCGAAUGGGAGUCGUAUCCGGCGCCGUUGAAAUUCGAUUAUUAUGGAGGUAAAGUCAUCAUUUCUCAUAGUUUUAUGUAAAUUUUAAUUUUCUAUAGAAUCGCCCCUAAUUGACGUGCAAUUCGCCAAAACUGGAUCUAGCAUCCCAAUCAGCAAAGCCUUGCUCACUCUGGACGAAACUUUCACGUUCUUCUUGAGCGAGGGAUGCAAGGCCAAGGACAGCUGCACGACAUUCGACCACGUCAAUGUUUACAAUCCAACGUAA